UGUUAAACCCGUGAAGCUAUUGUUAUUGAUCGUAGAUGAUAUUAAUAAUUAAUGGAAUGGAUAAAAGAUGCAGUAUUAUCCUGUGAUCCGGUCUUAUUGGUUGAAUAUUUAGGUCCGUUUCAUAUUGGCGUCGGCACAAAUAUAUAUAUAUAUAUAUAUUAGACCCCCAUCCUGUCCUGCCGCAAUUUCCUAAAAUUUCUCCGCCAAUUCCAGUUUCCUCUCGAAUGCUGCUGCAAGUGUUAGACCCAAAGGUUAGAAGGGGAAGGCGUCGCGGAUAUCAUAGCUUAGCCAUAAACAACAAUGUCUUCUAAGAAUCGGUCACCGCAAAGUCCUCAACAGCAACUGCACGAUCUCAAACAACGCGUUUUCACUUGCCUUAACAAACUCGCCGACCGCGACACUCUCGCUCUCGCUUCCGCUGAGCUCGAGUCCAUCGCUCGGAACCUGACUGUCGAUUCCAUCUCUCCCUUCCUCAACUGCCUUCACAAUACCGACUCUUCCGCCAAGUCUCCCGUUCGGAGGCAAUGUGUAAUCCUUUUGACUUUGAUGUCUCAGUCGCACGGUAACGUCUUAUCUCCCCACCUUUCUAAGAUGAUUUCCACCCUUGCUCGCCGCCUCCGUGACCCCGACUCCGCCGUCCGGUCCGCUUGUGUCGAGGCAACGACCGCUAUGUCGUCUCACAUCACGAAGCCUCCAUUUUCUGUUUUGUCGAAGCCUUUGAUCGAAAUGCUCGUGGUGGAGCAAGACGUUAACUCGCAGAUCGGUGCGGCGAUGUGUUUGUCCGCGGCGAUCGAGGCGGCGCCGGAUCCCCAGACGGAGCAGCUUAAGAAGGUGUUGCCGAAGUUGGGGAAGUUAGUGAGGAGCGAGAGUUUCAAAGCGAAAGCGGCUGUGUUUGGAGUUAUUGGAAGCGUCGCUAGUGUUGGCGGUGCCGGAAGUAAAGGAGUCCUGGAUUGGUUUGUGCCAUGCGCGGUGGAGUCUUUGAGUAGCGAAGACUGGGGAACGAGAAAGGCGGCGGCGGACGCGUUAGGGAAGGUGGCUAUGGCGGAGAAAGAACUGGCAGCUGAGUAUAAAGCGGCGUGUGUGACCGCUCUUGGCAAUAAGAGGUUUGAUAAGGUAAAGAUUGUCCGAGAAACCAUGAAUCGUAGUUUGGAUUUAUGGAAGGAUGUUCCUGGAGUUUGUGAGGAAGUCUCCACCACUUCUCAAUCCGACUCAUCUUCAAUAGAUAAUGGUAGCGUUGGAUGCUUUACUUCAGUUUCCAAAGGUAUGAAUGAUGUUGGUUUUAGAACUCCCCAAUCAAAAAAAGUUGUCCCUACGAGCAGGUCCCCUCCUUCUGAUGCCUCGGCUGCGUCCACUGCCAAGAAAGAGACAUCCCUGAAAAGUAAUAAUAGCAACAGUAACACUCGUAGGCUGGACCGCUCAAAAUCUUCUGAUUGGAAGAUUGAAACUGUUCAGCCGAAGUCUUUGUUUUCUGAGGCCUCUGGUAAUUACAAUAUCAAAAGGAGUGUAUCCUUUGGCAAGGCCCAUGACGAAAAAGUGCAGAAAUUUGGCGGUUUGAGGUCUCGGUCUCAGGUGCUUCCUUUUCAUGACGAGGAGAAUUUAGAUGUUACUGAUAAAAAUGCUGCUCUAGAUGUCGAUGAGAGUCCAAAAGACAUCGAGGAUCUGUGUUUGAUCCGUGAACAACUUGCUCAGAUUGAAGAUCAGCAGUCCAAUCUAUUGAACCUCCUCCAGAAAUUCAUUGGGAGCUCCCAAAGUGGGAUUAAUUCUCUAGAGACACGCGUAAAUGGCCUGGAGAUGGCUCUGGAUGAAAUAUCAUAUGACUUGGCCAUUUCAAGUGGCAGGAUUCUGAACAUGGAUUCUACAGAUAACACAUGUUGCAAGCUGCCUGGUGCUGAAUUUUUGAGUCCCAAGUUCUGGAGGAAAACUGAAAGUCGGUUUUCUACUUCAAGGUUACCUUCUUCGGGGCGCAUGCUUUCGCUAAAUGCAGUACAUAACUUAUAUGAUAAAGAUUCUGGGGGUGAAAUGUAUAAGCCAGCAUACAGCCGAGGAUAUCAGCGUCAAGCUGGAAGUGGAUUUGUUAUGAACCCAGUGGGUGAUGCUGGCAGUGACAUAAGAGAUAAUCCAGGGUUCUCAAAGAACACCAUUCAAAAUGCUGAGAGGUUCCAGGUUGGCAAUGCUAGUGCUUCUGAUGGGACUUCCCUGGUUAGUUGUACAGCUCCAACGAACCUUAGCAGCAGAUUUUGAGCUUAACUUGGAUUGAAGUUGGGGGUGUUUGAAGAAGCAGCUGAAGCUAGCGGAGAAGCACCUUGGAGAAUGGAGGUUGAAGAUGAAAUGAUACGAUGUAAUCGUAGAUCAUGUAAUGAUGAGGUGCAGCAUUCUGGGUUGUUACAGGAGAUAGUAGAUUUACUUUUUGAUUCCGUGAGUAAAUUAACUGAAAAAUGCCAAUGGCUGGCUUUCGCGCAAGGCAGGCACAGAAUAUAUGGUGUUCCAACAGAAACCUGUCCCCCUCACUGAGUGGGUUUGCAGUAGAGGCGGGGAGGUCCCUUCCGUGUACAGAGAGACUAUGUGCAUCUCGUUUUUAUCUUUUCUUGUUACUAGUUCUUGUGUACUGCAUAUAAAAUUUCAAUCCUAGGCCAUCAAGUUUUUCAUAAAUUGAACCCCCAAGAAAAGAAAAGACAAGAAAAGAAAGAACACUUCCAACAUGCUAGUAGUUACUUCUCGUGUUGUAUUAUAUGACACGAAAAUUCAAUACGGAUUUAGAGUUAAUAAUGUAAAAUAUCUCAAUUUAAGGAUGAGUUUGUAAA